AUGUUGCAGCGGCGCACGAAGAAACAAAAAGAAAACAGAGACAAUCCUACGAUGCACCUUCCAAAAACCCAAGAAUGACAAUAACUGUAGCGGAAAUCGGAUCGUUUAUUGAGCGGGUGUAGCAGUGUCCAGUUGUAAAAUAGCCUCUUUUUUUUUUAACGUGACCCACGAUUAGCCUAAUUGCAGCGGUUUGGACUCGCACAACGCUGGACACCAGUUUUUAGAGGCACCGACACUAAAAACCCUGUAGUUUUCAUUCAAAAGACAAACCUGGGAAGAUUACAGAAUGGCGACACAGAACGACUGUUGUGUCAAGGUCUCAUUAAGGAUCCGGCCGCAGAUGGCGAAGGAGAAGAUCGAGGGCUGCCACAUCUGCACACUGGUGACGCCCGGGGAGCCCCAGGUGCUGCUGGGGAAGGACAAGGCCUUCACCUACGACUUUGUGUUCGACAUGGAGGCGCAGCAGGAGCAGAUCUACUCCGCCUGCGUGCACAAGCUGAUCGAGGGCUGCUUCGAGGGCUACAACGCCACCGUGUUCGCCUACGGACAGACGGGCUCGGGGAAGACGUACACGAUGGGGACGGGGUUCGACGUGAACGUGGCGGACAGCGAGCAGGGGAUCGUGCCGCGCGCCGUGCACCAGCUGUUCCAGGGCAUCCAGCGACGCCGCGGGGGGGCGCAGCCCGGGGGGGGGCAGCCCCCGGAGUUCAAAGUCAGCGCCCAGUUCCUGGAGCUCUACAACGAGGAGAUCCUGGACCUGUUUGACAGCACGCGGGACCUGGACUCCUCCCGGAACAGGAAGUCCAACAUUAAGAUCCAUGAGGACGCCAGCGGAGGAAUCUACACCACUGGAGUCACCUCCCGCCUGGUCAACUCUGAGGAGGAGCUCCUGCAGUGUCUGAAGUUGGGGGCUCUCUCCCGCACCACGGCCAGCACCCAGAUGAACGCUCAGAGCUCCAGAUCUCACGCCAUCUUCACCAUACACCUGUGCCAGAUGAGGAUGUGUCAGCCGGGAGACCUGAUGAACACAGAGGAUAUCUCGGUGGUGAACGGCGCGCUGGCCCAGCCGGAGUACGAGACUCUGACGGCGAAGUUCCACUUUGUGGACCUGGCCGGGUCUGAGCGCCUGAAGAGGACCGGGGCCACGGGGGAGCGCGCACGGGAGGGCAUCUCCAUCAACUGUGGCCUGCUGGCCCUGGGGAACGUGAUCAGCGCUCUGGGAGAUCAGAGUAAGAAGGGCGGCCAUGUUCCCUACAGGGACUCCAAACUCACCCGUCUGCUGCAGGACUCCCUGGGCGGGAACAGUCGGACGGUGAUGAUCGCCUGUGUCAGCCCCUCGGACCGGGACUUCAUGGAGACGCUGAACACGCUGAAGUACGCCAACCGCGCGCGCAACAUCAAGAACAAGGUGGUGGUGAACCAGGACAAGACCAGCCAGCAGAUCAGCGCCCUGCGCGCGGAGAUCGCUCGCCUGCAGAUGGAGCUCAUGGAGUACAAAGCGGGGAAGCGUGUAGUGGGCGAGGACGGAGCAGAGGGCUUCAGCGACCUGUUCCAGGAGAACGCCAUGCUGCAGAAGGAGAGCGAGUCGCUCAGGAUGCGCGUGAAGGCCAUGCAGGAGACCAUCGACCGCCUCAACGGCAGGGUCACGCAGCUGCUCGCCAACGAGGUCAACGUGCUGCUGGCCAAGUCUGGUGACGGUAACGAGGAGAUCGGGUCUCUUAUUCAGAACUACAUCAGGGAGGUCGAGGAAAUCAGGUCGAAGCUCCUGGAGAGCGAGGCGAUGAAUGAGACUCUCCGGCGCAGCCUAUCACGGCUCUCCUCCCACGGCCCCGCCCCCGGACACGCCCCCGUCCUCUCCAUGGAGGCCGAGAUGAGCGACGUGAUUCGCCGAGCCCGGCAGGACCUGGAGCGACUCAAACACAUUGAGUGGAAGCAGAGGAGGAAGAGCCCGGAGCGCGAGAAGGGACCCCAGAAGAGAGCCAAGCUGCAGGUCCAGGAGAACGGAGAGACCAGGGAGAACGGAGAGAGCAAAGGGAGGAGAGAAAAUGGAGAGAACAGAGAGAGGAGAGACAGCGGGGAGAGGAGGGAGAGGAGAGACAGCGGGGAGAGGAGGGAGAAGAGUGAGAACGUGCAGAACGGGGAGGCCCACUGGGACGGCGGCAUCGCGGAGGAGGAUAGAGAGCAGGAGGAGAGUGGCUGUGAGGAUGAAGAUGAGGAAGAAGAGGAGGAGGAUGAAGAGAGGAGGGAGGAUGAAGAGUUUGAGAGCGAUGAGAGUCUGGUGGACUCGGACUCUGACUCCGAUGAGAAAGUGGACUUGCAGGCGGACCUGGCGGACCUGACGUGUGAGAUCGAGAUCAAGCAGAAGCUGAUCGACGAGCUGGAGAACAGCCAGCGGCGGCUGACCAUGCUGAAGCUGCAGUACGAGGAGAAGCUGAUCCUGCUCCAGAACAAGAUCCGCGACACCCAGCUGGAGAGGGACCGCGUGCUGCACAACCUCAUGUCCAUGGAGAACUACACGGAGGAGAAGGCGAACCGGAUCCGCUCGGACUACGAGAAGCGCCUGAAGGAGAUGAACCGCGACCUGCUGAAGCUGCAGGCGGCGCAGAAGGAGCACGCGCGGCUGCUGAAGAACCAGAGCCGCUACGAGCGCGAGCUGAAGAAGCUGCAGGCCGAGGUGGCCGAGAUGAAGAAGGCCAAGGUGGCGCUGAUGAAACAGAUGAAGGAGGAGCAGCAGAGGCGGCGUAUGGUGGAGGCCAAGAGGAACCGCGAAAUCGCCCAGCUCAAGAAGGAGCAGAGGCGCCAGGAGUACCAGAUCCGGUCCCUGGAGUCUCAGAAGCGUCAGCAGGAGCUGGUGUUGCGCAGGAGGACCCAGGAGGUGACGGCCCUGCGGCGGAUGGCCCGGCCCGUGUCGGAGCGCGUGGGGGGGAGGGUGACCCGCCGGCCCCCCCCUCAGGACCCCGGGGCCGAGCUCUCCCCCAGCACCGGUCCCGCCGAGCCCGAACCGGGCCGGUCCGUCUCCAGCAUCGUGCGCCAGUGGAACACCAAGAUCAACGGCUACCAUGGAGACCCAGAGACACCGCUCAAUGGAGUGAGGAACACCAGCAGGAAGAAGUUCCAGCAGAAGGGCGUGGGGGCGGUGUACUCCAAAUCAGCGCGGCAGAAGUGGCAGGCUCUGGAGCGCCGGAUCAUGGACAUCGUCAUGCAGAGGAUGACCAUCACCAGCGUGGAGGCCGACAUGGACCGCCUCAUCAAGAAGCGCGAGGAGCUCUCUGUCCAGCAGGAGGGGCUGCAGCGGAAGAGAGAGAAGCUGUUAGCAGAAGCGGAAGCAGAAGCAGAGGAGGGGGAGGAGGAGGUGGAGGUGGAGGAGGUGGAGCCCCAGCGCCUCCUGCAGGAGGUGAACGAGGAGAUGGAGGUGCUCAACGCCAACAUCGACUACCUCAACGACAGCCUGUCCGACUGCCAAGCCACCAUCGUGCAGAUCGAGGAGACCAAGGAUGAGCUGGACUCCGUGGACACUUCUGUGGUCAUCAGCUCCUGCUCUCUGGCUGAGGCUCGACACCUCCUGGACCACUUCCUCAAGGCCUCCAUCGACAAGGGACUGCAGGUGGCGCAGAAGGAGGCUCAGAUCCGGCUGCUGGAGGGCCAGCUGCGGCAGACGGACGUGAUUGGCUCCUCGUAUAACCAUGUGAUCCUGGACGCGCUGCGGGAGAAGGCGGAGUACAUCCCGGAGCUGCAGGCUCUCAUCCACAACGUGCAGCAGGAGAAUGGAUACGGCAGUACUGAUGAAGAAGCUUCGGAGUUCAGCCAGGCGUCUGAUGGCAGUGUGUCUCAGUCGUGUCAGAUGAAAGGAUCUGCCAGUCAGGACGACUUCAAGAUGAAGGUGGAGCCUCGGCUGUCCGUGCAGAUGAAGGCCGUCUCGGCGGAGUACCUGGGCCCGGUGAUGGACGUCAGCACGCGCAACAUCACCAAGUCUCUGGCCUCGCUCACCGACAUCCACGAGGAGGGCUUCGGCCUGUCGCUGGCGGAGAGCCACUACAGGGAGCGCGUCUCCCGCACCAUCAGCCUGCCCGUCCGCGGCCACACCUUUCCCAGGCAGUCCCGGGCAUCAGACACUUCCCCGCUCACUCGGAGGAAGUCAUACGACCGCGGGCAGCCUUACAGGCCCCCUGAUGUGGGGUACACCCCCCCCUCCUCCCCGCCCCUGCGCCCCCGAAACGACCGCAACGUCUUCUCCCGCCUCACCAGCCACCAGAGCCAGGGCUCAGCGCUGGACAAGUCGGAUGACAGCGACUCCUCUCUCUCCGAGGUGUUCAGGGGGGUGAUCAGCCCUGUGGGGGGAUUGAAGGGGGGCAGGACGGCCCCCCUGCAGUGUGUGUCCGUGGCAGAGGGCCACUCCAAACCCGUGCUGUGUCUGGAUGCCACCGAUGAGCUGCUCUUCACCGGAUCCAAAGACCGCACGUGUAAGAUGUGGAACCUCGUGACGGGGCAGGAGAUCAUCACGCUGAAGGGGCACCCCAACAACGUGGUGUCCGUCAAGUACUGCAGCAGCUCCUGCCUGGCGUUCACCGUCUCCACGUCCUACAUCAAGGUCUGGGACGUCCGCGACGCCGCCAAGUGUGUGCGCACGCUCACGUCCUCAGGGCAGGUGGUCUCGGGAGAUGCCUGCGCCGGCACCACCACCCGCACCAUCACCGUGGCGCCGGGCGAGUACCAGAUCAACCAGAUCGCCCUGAACCCGGCCGGGUCAGUGCUGUACGCCGCGGCCGGGAACACCGUGCGCACCUGGGACCUCAACAGGAUGCAGGCCACAGGGAAGCUGACAGGCCACAUUGGGUCGGUGAUGUGCCUGACUGUGGGCCACUCCACCCGGGGGAAGGACCAGGUCAUCACUGGGUCCAAGGACCACUAUGUCAAGGUGUUCGAUGUGGCAGAGAGCAUGCUGGGUAAUAUAGGCCCCGCCCAUAACUUCGAGCCCCCCCACUAUGACGGUAUCGAGUGCCUCGCCAUCCAGGGCGACGUGCUGUUCAGCGGUUCCCGGGACAACGGGAUAAAGAAGUGGGAUCUGGAGCAGCAGGAACUGAUCCAGCAAAUCCCGAACGCGCACAAGGACUGGGUGUGCGCGCUGGCCUACGUGCCCGGCAGGCCCAUGCUGCUCAGCGGCUGUCGGGGGGGAAUGCUGAAGGUGUGGAACGUGGAGAACUUCACCCCCAUCGGGGAGAUCCGGGGCCACGACAGCCCCAUCAACGCCAUCUGCACCAACGCCAAACACAUCUUCACCGCCUCCAGUGACUGCAGGGUGAAGCUGUGGACCUAUGUGCCGGGCCUCACCCCCUGCCUGCCCCGCCGGGUUCUGGCCAUCAAGGGUCGCGCCACCAGCCUCCCCUGAGCCUCUACUAACUACUCUACUGCCCCCUCUGGCACCCUCCGCGACAUGUCGGUGAAGAUCUGGCUGGCGAAGAUGAGCGUGAGGAGGUGAUGGCCCGGCGGUCCGGUGGUGAUGGCGAACACACAGAGGCGUUUCCGGAUGAUUCCACGCAUCGCACCCCGCGGUGGGAGGCAGGAAGUGACGGCCCGCCAUCCGGACGGAGUUCUGACUACAGGAUUACCGAAAAACUGAAAGAUAAUCAAAGAGCCCAAAGUCUGUCUCUCUACAGAUUAGUUUUUUUUCAUCUUUUUUUCCUCCUCACACAGAGCCAAGCUGCUCGGGCGCCGUUAUGUACAGAGGAUCGAGUUUAGAACACAAACCCACUGGCGUGAUGAACAAGUGGGAAGGUUGCUUGUGUUCAGUUUCCUUCUCUCGAUUCGUAAGAGCUGAACUACGGCGACUCGUUUUGGAAGCGCUGCGUACGACUGCAGAUUUCUUUGCCCCCUUGGCAUGCACAGAAACAUUUCAGAACAAUUCCAGUUCUGUUUUACAAAAAGACACUCUUCGUGUGAGACAAAGGCACCUGCCCUUUACAGAAACGUGUCCGUCUGUACUGAGCCUGGGGUGGUCUGUUAUCCAAACACAUCUCUGGACAUAGCUGCUCAAUAAAUGGUGUUAUUUA